ACACUGUGAGCGCUGCCGGUCUGAGCGGAGAGUGGCACAGCGACGACACCCCGCCUCCCCGAAAUCACCCCCCCAAACAAACGAUGGCCACCCGCCUCGCAGCACGCAAGAGCCACGAGAGCUGCGGAUGAGUGGAGCCGAGGAUGCUGCGCACCACGGCCAAAAUCCCGGAGCUCCUCUGAACAGGACUGUGGGUGUGUGCGCGCGUCGGGCUCGCUGCUACCUCCGGACUGCACUCGCCAACUUCCCCCGCUCUCCAUCAAGUCAUGUCUGAAACCGAGCGAUGGGCAAGUUUGACGACAACGAGAGGAUAAUCCUCAACGUCGGGGGCACCAGGCACGAGACCUACAAGACCACCCUGAAGACCCUGCCGGGGACGCGACUGGCGCUGCUCGCCUCCGACUCGGACCUCGACUCCGUGCUGGACCAGCUGCAACAAGUCCCCGGCUUCAUCGAGUACAACGCGCGGACCAACGAGUACUUCUUCGACCGCCACCCGGGCGUGUUCGCCUACGUGCUCAACUACUACCGCACCGGGAAGCUCCACUGCCCGGCGGAUGUGUGCGGACCGCUGUUCGAGGAGGAGCUCUCCUUCUGGGGCAUCGAUGAGACGGACGUGGAGCCCUGCUGCUGGAUGACUUACCGGCAGCACCGGGACGCGGAGGAGGCGCUGGACGUGUUCGAGCUCAACUGUGACAACGGGGACGAGGACGACGAUAUAGGGAAGAGGCUCGGCAUUGACGAGUUGGAUGCCGACGGUAACGUCAACCUGUGGAGGAAGUGGCAGCCGGUGAUCUGGAAUCUAUUCGAGGAUCCCUACUCCUCCAGGGCGGCGAGGUUUAUUGCCUUUGCAUCUUUGUUCUUCAUCCUGGUCUCCAUCACCACGUUCUGCCUGGAGACGCAUGAAGCUUUCAACACCAUAAUCAACAAAACGGAUCUGAUGCGGAACAGCAGUGGGCCGGACUUGGGCCCUCAGUACGAGAUUGAAACGGAUCCGGCACUCACCUACGUGGAGGGUGUUUGCGUCUUUUGGUUCACGAUUGAGUUUCUGGUGCGUGUGACAUUCUGCCCCGUCAAGUUGGAGUUUGUUAAAAGCGUCCUCAACAUCAUUGACUUUGUGGCCAUCCUGCCUUUCUACCUAGAGGUAGGGCUAAGUGGCCUUUCUUCAAAGGCCGCCAAGGAUGUGUUGGGUUUCCUCAGGGUGGUGCGCUUUGUUCGUAUCCUGCGCAUCUUCAAGCUCACACGUCAUUUUGUGGGGCUAAGGGUGUUGGGCCACACUUUACGUGCCAGCACCAAUGAAUUCUUGCUGCUCAUCAUCUUCCUGGCAUUGGGAGUGUUAAUUUUUGCCACCAUGAUUUACUAUGCCGAACGAAUCGGCGCCAAGCCCAACGACCCCACUGCUAGCUGCCACACCAAGUUCAAGAACAUCCCCAUUGGCUUCUGGUGGGCCGUGGUGACUAUGACUACACUGGGAUAUGGCGACAUGUAUCCAGAGACCUGGUCAGGCAUGGUGGUGGGGGCAUUAUGUGCUUUGGCUGGCGUGCUGACGAUAGCCAUGCCUGUGCCGGUUAUCGUCAAUAACUUUGGGAUGUACUACUCUUUGGCCAUGGCCAAGCAGAAGCUCCCGAAAAAGAGGAAGAAACACAUCCCUCAGGCAGUGCAGGGGGGGUCCCCCAGCUACUGCAAAGCUGAUCUCAACACCACCUGCAACAGCACUCAAGGUGACCUGGGCCACGUCAAAGGGAGCAGGGUACUAGAACCCUCAGUUCUGUCGGCAGACUACAGCAGUGACCUGACCAUGUCUCCAGAGGAGAGUGUCCCCAUGCGAAGGUCGAGCACCAGGGAACAGGACCAUCGGGGCGGGGGAACUUGCUUCCUGCUCUCUGCUAGUGACUACACCUGCCCUGCAGACGGAGCGAUGAGAAAAACAGAUAACUGCAAAGAGGUUGUCUUUACUGGUUUCACAAAAGCAGAGAGCAGCGUUCUAUCUUAAUGGCGUUGGGGGAAGGCGCCACCAUGGCGGAAAGACAAUUCAUUUCCUAUUUGAAUGACGGUGGGAUAAGACUGUCAUCGGUACGAGGACCUAUUGCAGCGGGAGGACCUCAUUAGGAGCCAUCAGGCCACUGCUCCAGGACAAUACGGACGAGGACGCGCUUAAAAACCACAGACUGACGGCCGCCUUGUUCACGGCUCAGCGAGCAGGGACGCAAAUGAAGACUUUGAUAAAGCAUUUACCUUUUCCUGCUUUCCUGUUUCAAGACUCUGGAGAAAAAGAAAAGGAAAGCAAACUGGACACGUCCUUAAAAGGGACAACGUACUGCAUAGAUACUUCUCCUGUAAAUAUAAAAACAACAGAACAGCACAUCUGGGCCACGCGGUUCCGUCCACACAUCUGUCUUUUGAUGGUGAGUCAGGUUACAAGGCUGUUGGUUGCAGAGUUGCACCACGAACACUCAAUGUCAGUCACUUUUCUUGCUGUGGUAUCCCUCCUCGCAAUAAGUGUAAUAAGAUGUAUCAGUUGAGGCACUUUGUGUUCUGAAAAUGGAGUGUAUUCAUAUAUGAAAUCCUACAUACAGUAUAUACAGUAUAGAGAGACAAACGUACUUAGUUGAAUAAAUGUGACAUCAUGGUCAUCUUUGCUUUUGUUUCCCCUCUGUAAUUGUCAGUAGGUUAUUACUCUGCUGUGUGUCAAUGUGUGUGUAUGUGUGUGUCUGUGUGUGUGUGCAUACUAAAUCUCCAGGGUAAGAUCGGGUCAGCAGAGACCAGUGAGUGAACGUGAUGUCGUCACUCUUCCUGUUAGUUUUUCAGCACAAACCCGAACGAGAGAGAGUCCCCCUGUGAUGCAGUCACCAUUCUAGAAGUCCCCCCGUCCCCCCGUCCUGCAUUCAACAUGCAGAUAUACCCUGCAUCAGUGCUGCAAGUUAAAAGCGGGACUUCUAGAAUGGCUCCAUCUGCACUGUAGCAAUCCCCUGAACCCAAACCAUCAGAUCGGAUUUGCAAUAAGCACCCAAAUAAAAAAACAAAAAGCGCCGAUCCACACUGUGAUUUCAGCAGCCUGUUACGCCCAGAGGGAGAAAGGCAGAGUGUGAAUGCUGCUCUGAAAGCCGAGAGAAACGAGUGGCACAACUCGUGUGUCACUUUGGUUGUGACCUGCACGGCUGUACGUCGCCCUGUACCCACAAUCCUCCUUGUGUAGUACACACGCUGCUUUACUCUUUGAGUUGACAAAGGGGUACCUACCGUUCUCUGUGUAUCUCUAACGUGACUUGAAGAAAAAAAGAAAGUGUUUAUUUUUUUUAAAUCCAGAACAUGUAUUUUUGUGUCUUACUGUUGCUCUUACUUGUGAAAGUCAUGGUAGUCGGAUGCUGUGCUUCUCCAUCGUGUCCUCAAACUGUCAGGCUUUUGAUCCCAGUUCAUGUUUUGUAUGUUUUAUUGUGAGGAAAAUUCUAGUUUGAAGUCUGUAUUCGUGGAGCCUUUUGUUGGCAUUCUAAAAUGCAUGCUGAAAAGAAAAAAAACAUUAUGUCAACUUGUUAAAAAAAGAAAAGAAAAGACAUACUGUAUAUCACAGUCAAGACGAUGUGUAUAAAGGUUAAUGCUA